AUGACUUCCAUCGAUAGCCGUCGUCGUCCUGCCAAGAAGGGAGUGUCCUUCUGCCUCAUGGUAGUUGGCGCAAGUGGCACUGGUACGUAUCAUCACAAGGACUCUGAAAACCCUUCCACCGCUAACGUUGAGAUGGAGGUUGAGGCUGAGGGCAUGCGGAUUGGCCUUACCAUCGUGGAUACACCGGGCUUUGGCGACAGCAUUGACAAUGAGUACAUGUUCAAUGAGAUAUUGUCUUUCAUCGAGCGCCAGUAUGACGAUAUCCUCUCGGAGGAGUCGCGUAUCCGCCGUAAUCCUCGCUUCCGCGACAACCGUGUCCAUGCGCUCAUCUAUUUCAUCGCACCCACUGGCCACUCGCUUCGCGAAAUGGAUAUUGAGCUGAUGCGGCGUCUGAGUCCGCGCGUGAACGUGAUCCCUGUGAUUGGCAAGUCAGACUCGCUUUCUCCCUCCGAGUUACUGGAGUUCCGCAAGCGUGUCAUGGAGGAUAUUGAAUACUAUGGUAUUCCCAUCUAUAACUUCCCUUAUGAUGAAGAUGAGGACCACCCAGACACGAUUGCCGAAAACAGUGAGCUUCGCUCUCUCCUGCCGUUCGCCGUGAUCGGCUCAGAAGAUCACGUCGUGACGCCUACCGGUGAGAUGGUUUUGGGCCGUGCCUACCCAUGGGGCACCGUGGAAGUAGACAACCCGGACCACUGCGACUUUGCGCGCCUGCGCGGUGCUAUUUUUGGCACCCACUUGAACGAUCUAAAGGAAAUUACUCAUGACUUCCUUUACGAGAACUACCGAACGGAGAAGCUGUCGCGCGGUAUGCCCAAUGACUAUGCGGCCGAUGCUUCCCUGCAGAGCGAGGACCUGAUGAACCAGAGUGUUCGCUUGAGGGAGGAGCAGUUACGCCGUGAGGAGGAGAAGUUGCGGGAAAUCGAGCUGCGCGUCCAGCGUGAAAUCCUGGAGAAGCGCCAGGAGCUUCUUGCCAAGGAAGAGAAUCUCCGGAAUCUCGAGACGCGCAUGCACCAGCCCACAGCUUGA